CCUCCCCGUUCGGCCGCGGCGGGACGGGUGGGGCGUGGUUACCACGAGCAGUAGGCGAUGGCGCUCGCCGCGCGGCUCUGGCACUUCCUCCCUUUGGGCCGUGGCGCCGCCGCGGGACCUGGGCUAGCGAGAGGUGUCGCUGGCAAACGCAGGUGGUGCUGUACUUGGCGACUCCGCGGCCCUAAGGUGUUGGGAAACCCAGGAGCUUUCAAAAGAAGCCUGUUAUUCUCAGCCUUGUAUUAUAUGGGCUUUGAAACUUACCAAGCCAUUUCUCGGGCUGCUGUGGUUCAUGCCACAGCCAAAGUCUUUGGAGUUGAAGAAAUCCUUGAACAGGCAGACUACUUGUAUGAAAGUGGAGAAACAGAAAAACUUUAUCAGUUGCUAACCCAAUACAAGGAAAGUGAAGAUGCAGAGUUACUGUGGCGGUUGGCCCGGGCGUCACGUGAUAUAGCUCAGCUUAGCGGAACCUCAGAAGAGGAGAAAAAGCUCUUGGUGUCUGAAGCCUUAGAGUAUGCAAAAAGAGCCCUAGAAAAAAAUGAAUCAAGCUUUGCAGCUCAUAAGAAAGCAAUUGAACUGAACCCUAAAGAUGCUACCUCAAUUCACCUUAUGGGUAUUUGGUGUUAUACAUUUGCUGAAAUGCCUUGGUAUCAACGAAGAAUUGCUAAAAUGCUUUUUGCAACUCCUCCUAGUUCCACCUAUGAGGAGGCCUUAGGCUACUUUCACAGGGCAGAGCAAGUGGAUCCAAACUUCUACAGCAAGAACUUGCUUCUUUUAGGAAAGACAUAUUUGAAGCUGCACAACAAAAAGCUUGCUGCUUUUUGGCUAAUGAAAGCCAAGGAUUAUCCAGUGCGCACAGAGGAGGAUAAACAGAUACAGACAGAAGCUGCUCAGUUGCUUACAGGUUUCAAUGCCAAGAAUUGAAAAUUUUUUUGAGAAGUACAUGAAAUAUCUAAGAAACAUUGCCUUUUCAUCAAAUUAUAAAGAUAAUAAAUCAACCAUAACUGUUC